AUGCCUCGCUCGCCAUCGCAGCUGCUGGCCGCCACCUUCCCCGAGGACGCCGGCGUGGCCCCGCACUGCGCGGGCCGCCGCCCUCCCCCGCUCGCUCCGCUGCCUCUGCCCGGCGCUGCAGCCCCGCACCCGGCCUCGUCGCCGUCGCUCGCCGCUGGCCGGACACGGAGGGCUCCCCGCCUGGGAGUCUGGUCUGUCAUCGCUGCCCAGCUCCCGGGGAGGACAGACCUGGCCAUCAAGAACUACUGGAACAGCACGCUCAAGAAGAAGUUCCCGGCGGCGAGGACCCCCGCGGCCUACCGCCGCCAGAACAGCCCGGCCUGCAGCGCGUCGUGUGACGCCGGGACGCCGGCGCGGGACCUGCAGCUGUUUGCCUGCAGCAGCGAGGAGAGCUCCACGGCAGGGUCCAGCCCGAGCCCUGCCAAGCCCGUCUUGCCCGGCCCAACGCUGGUGCAAGCAGUGAAGCCGCCGGUUCCGGUCGUCGCCGCCGGCCAAGAACCGAUCGCGGCGGUCCCGCUGAGGAUCGAGCAGAAGCAGGCCGUGGUGGGCCGACCGCGUCUGGAGAAUAAGCCGUCUCCACCACCACCGGCCUGUGAUCAGACCGGCAAGAGGGUCAUGGACAUCGUCUGCGCGCCCAUGUCUCCUGUUCCUCUAAGCUUCAUUGAACCGGAGGAGCUGGCCUGCAUCUAA